CCCCCUCGUUUGAAGCGACGACCAAAAGGACCCUCCUGCUCGCCUCGAAGCAGUGGGGAUUCGGGGUCGGGAUGGGGAGCGCCCUCGACCCUCGCUCUCUCGCUUCGGCACGGCGGUCGAAUCGGCAGCUGAUGCUCCUCCUGCCGAUGUUCCUCCCCGCCCACGCCCUCACUCUCGACCUGAUUCUUCGGGAAAGCGUGGGUCGGGGCCUGAGGUUUCUCCUUCUGUCGAACGAUGCCUUUCGAAGUCUGCUGAAGAACGUCUAUAUAAGCGCAAUGACUCAAUUACAAGUGGCCGUGCCGGACAGUGAAGGGAGAGUGAUGCUGUGGGAGCAAUAUCAGGUCAGGCCACAUCUUCCAACACAUUUGACACGGGUUGGAUGCUGGAUAUCUCGGGCCCAGGCUCUGAAAUCCGGACCUUCCUCUCUGUCCCUCGUCCCUGAAACUGGGACUGAUGCUGACGAAGGCCUGAAGGAUACGUCCCUGGCGGUGUCUGGCCCACUCGGUUUCCUUAAGGACCUGCCGCAGGACUUGCACGAGCGGAGUGAAGGGCUGAGGCUGCUGCUGGGGGCGGGCGUCCUCCUCGGGCCGCGAGAGGAGCUGGCCAGCCGAAGAGGCGACCUUGACGGAACUACACUUCGGUGCAUGGCGGAUGAUUUCCAGCCCCUCACCAUCCCUGACUAUGGCCCGGCAGGCGACUAUCGCGUCACAGGCUCCUUCGUGGACAUCAUGGCCAUCUUGGAGCGUUCCCUUAACUUCACAUGCAGCUGGUCUCGGCCGGAGGAUCGCGCUUGGGGGGCGUUGCAGCCCGACGGAACCUGGAACGGCAUGAUAGGCGACCUCAUGGCCGACAAGGGGGACGUCAUCGUGGCCAUCAGUAGGACGCUUCCCAGGGAGGAGGUGGUGGACUUCACUCUCCCGCUCCUCCUAGACAGGCACAUCUUAGUUCUCCGUCGGCCAGGGACAGCCAAUUCUGGAAUCUCUUGGUCAAGCUACACUCAGGAGUUCAGCUCAGGUGCGUGGGCGGGCGCUGCAAUGAUGGUACUUUUCAUGGGGUCUUGCAUCACCCUCAUAACGCGCUACAGCAGAUCGUCGGGGGGCCAUGUUCCCUUCACUGAAAGCAUACUGCUCAUACUAGGAGCAGCUUGUCAGCAAGGGACCAAACAAGAUAUUCAAGGAACGGCGGGGCGUAUCGUUCUCCUGACGGCGCUCCUGCUGGGCACGGUCACCUAUAUCCACUACACUUCCUUUCUCAUCUCAGCCCUUUCCGUGAACCGACUUCUGCUGCCCUUCACCACACUGGCCGAACUCACUCGUGUCGACAGUCACCAGCUGAUGGUCCUCAAGAGCACAGUGCAGGAGGAUGUCUUAAAGCUUUCAACUAACCCAGUGUACCAAAAAGCCUGGGCGAAUAUUCAAGCCGGAGGAGAAUGGGGGAGCGUUGCCACCAACGACGUCGGCUUUGCAAAGGUGUUGGAGGGCAAGAACGUGUACCUCACAACAGAGUCCGAAUACAGUUACCAGUAUGGCGGCGACAGUCGGAUCCUGGCUCUGACGAAGGAAAAAUAUAUCGCCAUCUUCGUCAGCGUGGCGGUUACGAAGAAAUCACAGCUGAAAGAACUCUUUGAUAACAGGUUAGUGAGGAUGCGAAGUGCAGGAUUGCUGAGCAAGAUCCUGAAGGACUGGGGCGAAGCGCGACCCCCGCCCCUGCCCAACGCCGCCCCGCCCCUGUCACUCGCCAAGACAGGGUCGGCCUUUCUGCUCCUCGCAGCUGGCACGGCGCUGUCCCUGUGCGCCCUCGGGAUGGAAGUCCUCGUGACACGUUGCCUCAAGAGAAGCGCACUGGCUUCGAGGUGAAUCAGAGGCGAAAGAAGGAUCAAAUACAC